AUGCCGAUAUUGCUGCAGACGGCUGCUUUAGUUCCAAAAUUACUGCAUGGCCUGGUUUCCGAUGCACUAGGCAUUGCGACACGGCCGCUGGUACCACUCUCCUUGCUCCUUCCAGGCGAAUGGCCCACGGUUCAUGCCCUGACCUCUGGUGGAAUCUUUUCCGGCCUGCUGGGCACAGUGUCAACAAUUCUUACAGGAGUCAGCUGCGGAGCGCUGCUUGGAAAAGCCGGGCUGCAUUUGCUCAGAUUCGCGGCAGCGGUCUAUGCGACGGAUGGGCUUUUGCAGCUUGCGAGGAUUCUCUUGCCUUCCUUUGUUGCAUACCCAGCCAGCUCUACAGGCGUCUUCACGCUCUUCCUGCAACUUCCCCUGGCAAGCUUCAUCCUGUCCGACAGCGCAGUCAAGGAAAUUGGGCAAUUGUGCGGGCCAGCUCGUCUGGCGAUGCUGGCAGGAGCAGCAUGCCUUCGGCACGUGUCGACGCAGAUCGCGGAUCCCUCAUCGGGGCCGGCCGUGGGUCUGUUAGCGAUGGCAUGCGUUCUUGUUGUUUUCGGAUUGACCCCUCAAAGCUUCUGGAGGACGAUGGCAAGGAUCUUGCGAGAGGCUGCCAAGGUGGCAAGUGCAGUGGGCUCCUUAGUCUAUGCUGUUGUGACCUGGCUAUUCCCCAAAGUUCUGCAUGUCCUGCAGGUGGUGCUCCAGUUGCCUCCACUGAUUUGGCUCUAUGAGGCGAUCGUGUUUCCGUCGUGGCAGAUCCUCAGCCCUCUCUUUCUGCCCGUCGCGACCGGCGGUAUUGCGUUUGCAAGCUUCCGGAGUUUGGUGACUCUCCUGAACCCCGACCCCGCGCCGGUGGACGCCGCACGGAUGCUGGGGCAAUUCUUCUGUGGCUGCUCAGCGGCGCUCUCGAGCUGCUGCCUGAUCCUGAACUAUGCCUACAGGAUCUGGCCAAGGCGUGAGCAGCCAGAUCCUCUUCGGCAUCCUUGGCUGCUGAAAGCGUUGAUGUAUCCAGCAGGCCUUGUCGCAGUGCCGGUUCGAGCAGUUCGCGUCCUAUGGCGUCUUUUCAUGAACCGACUAUUGCGACCGGUCUUGGUUGUUUUCAUGGACUGUAUCGGGCACCUCCUGCAGUUUGCAGUCAAAUGUCCAAUUGUUUCCAUACCGGCCGUGAUCUGCUUCAACGUGGUCCUCAUCAGAUCAACAUCGACUUCCGGCACAAUCUUGUAUGUGUUGGCACAGAGCUCCCCCUGGGCGUCAAAGCUCCUCCGCAGCCUGGCAAUCGUGGCCGAAGGAGCCACCGACUCCACCUUUGCCCUUGCACUUAUCGGCGUCGUGCAGGCGACAUCCUUCGCCAUCAUUGAUGGCAUUCUCUCGGUGUUGCGCGUGAUACGCAGUCCGAGUACAGGCCAAGUGCUGAGCUUGGAGGAGCUCAACGAGGUUGCCGCCGCGAUGGAGGAUCCUCGACAGUGCGGCCGAUGUGGCUUCGGUCCUGUGGACCACCGAGGUUGUUCAGACUUGUCCGCGCAUCAUGGCGAAGUCUCCAUACCUGGCGGGGCAGCAAUCUCCAAUCGUUGCCCUCGCUGUGGAUGGUUCGUCAGCGUGCUCUCAGAAUGGCCAGAGUGGGAUGGCGAGCUGCGGACUGAGCAAGGCCGAGCACUCUACCGACAACGGGCCUGGUGCGAGAUCGUGGUUUGUGUGAGGGCCGCCUCGAAGGCUCUUGUUGUGCCCUACGCUAUGUUGCUGCUGGGAAAUCACCUGGGUUCUCCAACUCUCACUGCCAUGCUGGUUCUGUCUUACCUUGCUCCUUGGGCCUACGAGAACGCGAGUCUUUGCGAAUCUUUGACGGCCUCGCAAGUCUAUGCUCAGCACGCCGAGCGUCGUCGCCCAUCGCGAAGGCAGGCUCCGAGCCCUGGCGCCGCUGAAUGUGGCGCCGCCCGACGCGCACCGCAGCUUCCAGAGAUUAGCGAGGAAGAGGCCUUACGAAACAUUCUUUCUGCGAUUCCGCUGUGCAUCUUCCUCAAGCAGGGGGAUGUUUGCAGCGUGUGCUUGGAGACCUUCCCUGCAGAAGCUGCUGAUAUCGUGACGAAGAGCGACACUACCGAGGCCGCAUGCAGAGCCUUGCGAGCCCUCCAGCCGCCAAUCCUGGCACUUCGUUGCGGGCACCCGCUACAUUUGGAGUGCGCCAUGGCAGCGGUCACAGCGUCCUCUGAACGCCACGUGCGCUGUCCUUUAUGCCAGGGCCGAGGGCACUCAUUGCCCUGCCCAUCCCGCAUGUUACAUAGUUCGCUGUUGAAAGCGCGCGACCUGCAAAAGCAGCUGGCGCCGAAGGACCACAAGAAGAAGCGGGUCAUGGCGGCACUCGCCCACAAACCGGGUGGCAUGUUCGGUCAAUUCUUCGGUGGGGACGACUCGCAAGCCGUAGACGACGUCGGAGAGCCCCUUGGUUCGCGAGGCGACGGCCAGGGCUGGGAUGAGGCUGGCUCGCCAUCAGCUGCGAGGAGCGAAGCAGGAGACUUGCCGGACAGGCAAAGCAUCUCUGCGUGUAGCAGUCGAAUGGGCAUGUCAGCGGGCAAGCUCAUUUCGCAGAACUCGCAGACACUGGAGCUGCAGGAGCUUGGAGACUGCGACCUGCCGGAAGAUGACGGACUGGCUCCCACGACACUGCAACCAAAAUUGGGCCUAGUCCCUCGCAACCGCGAGUGCUGCGGUUAUCUUUGCCUGGAGGUCGACGAGCUCGCAACAGUAAGCUACGUGGGACCUGAUGAUGAUGAACACGAGAGAGGUUGGCUAUUUGGCAGCCACAAGGAAUGCCAGGGCUGGCUUCACACGGACGCGGUGGUGCCUCUAACCUUCCCAGAUCCUCUAGAUGAGGACAGACUGAAGCGAGCCGGGGUGAAGAUGGCAAGCCUGCUCCGGUACGACUCGCCCGUUGCAAAGGGAGAAGGUGGAUGGGCAUCGGUGGAUGAAGUGAAGAUGGCCAUGGGACGCUAUCCGGAAUUGCUCCAGCAUGUAGUUGCCCGAAGCAUCAACAAGGAUGGCAUCGCGCGCUUCGAGCUCAACGAGACCGGCCAGCUCAUCCGCGCAACGCCCGGUUCGGCAAGAACUUCGGCAAGAACCUUGCCGAACACGGCCGUUGCCAAUGUGGCAACGUACUUGAGGGACUGCCGCACACUUGAGCGGUUUGCCUGCACAAGCACAGUCGCCAAAGGGCAGACGAUUCCUAUUCUCACAUGCUCCGGCUGCGGAAAGGCGAGACGAACGUACGCUCUCGCCUGCAGGCACAAACUUUGUGAAGGCUGCGCGCUGUCUUCUUGCCCAUUCUGCUUAAAGAAGCACUACGGUGACGAGUGUUCGGAAAUCCGAAGCAAUUCGGACCCGCGAUCGUCUCAGCCCGGAAGAAGCAGUUCAAGCGAGCUCCAUUGGAGAGGCGAGUUUACAGUUUGGCACGUUCGGCCAAGAGAAACUCGAAAGCAUCCUUUCGAUGAUCCCAGCAUUGACCGCGUGGAGAAUAGCUUUGCUGCGGACAUUCCAGCGGCAUCUACUACGUCGGCACAUAUCCUUCGCUUCUGGAAGAUCGAGCAGUCCCGAAAUGAAUUCACGGCACAAGUGUAUUUCCUGCAGGGAAACGUCUCAUUCGAUCCAAUACGGGAAGAAUAUGUUAAAGCUGCGGCGAUAAUGUUCUCGGCUCCUUCGCCACCGCACCGCUCCGUCUCCGAUGCUCUCAGGUUCGUUUGCAAUCGAGGACACCAGGGUCUGUUUCAUCGAUCCAGCGGCGGCUCAUGA